CACCACCAGCCCGCUGCCGCAACAGCCUCAGAUCCGCAGCGAGCCCAACGACAUGGAUGUCCUGGCCGACGAAAACAAGCAGUAUGCCACGGUCGAAUACUGGGACAAGCGCUAUCAAACCGAGUCGGAAAAAGUCAACACCUACGACUGGUUCAAGAAAUGGGCUGAUCUGAAGGACUCGAUUAGCGAGUAUCUGCAGGCCGACCACGAGAUCCUGCACCUUGGAUGCGGCAACAGCUCACUCUCGGAAGACAUGUACGAGGACGGGUUCAAGCAUCAGGCCAAUGUCGAUUACAGCCUGCCGUGCAUCGAAGCCAUGGCGAAGCGGUGUGAGGAAAAGUGCCCAGAGAUUCGAUGGAUCCACGGCGACAUCUUCCAGCUCUCGCCAGAUGUAUUCGCCGAGCCGCAGUUUGACGUUGCCCUCGAUAAGGGAACCAUGGAUGCCUUUUUGACAACCCGGACGCAAGAAGACGAUCCAUGGAACCCGUCGGAGCGGAUCCGAUCCGUCGCGCGCAACUACCUGACACAGGUCGCUGCGGUUUUGAAACCUGGCGGCCGGUUCAUCCAUGUUACCUGGGAGCAGCCUCAGUUCCGUCGGCAGCUGCUCGAGGUGCUUCCGGAUCAGAUCGUUGUUGACAAGGUCAAGAAGGUUGGCGACGGGUGGGAGUACUUUAUCUACAUAUGCACGAAGAGACAGGACUCGCGAAGCGAACAAUCGGGUUCCCGUUGGUGAAUGAGCUCGGAUUGCACAUAGAUUCGCCUCUGAUGACGGCGCUUUGUAGAAACAAAUAACAGCAUCCCAUUCAUUGCAC